ACCAAUCACUCCCAGGCCUUCCCAGCACGCACACGCCUCCUCCAGUGCCUCCUUCACCCGGUUCUUCCAUCUCUAUACCUGUAGCCAGUUUAUCAAGGCAAAAUGAAGCAGACUAUCACCUUCCUCGUGCUGUGUCUGGCCGUCGCUGCCUCCGCCCUUCAGAAACAGCCAGUUAACAGCGCCCUAAGUAACGAGAACCUGGUGGAGAAGGAGACAGGUGACCCUCGUGUCGGUUUCCUCUCUGUAGACGACGAUGGAGCGACACUGACCUUCAAUUCUACGUCACUUCAAUACGCGGUCGUCAUUGGGGUCGUACUUCUAAUCCUCGGCCUGGUCGUGGUGCCUCUUCUUGGCUUCGACUUGGCUAAGCUCUUCUCCUCCCGUGACGACUAUGAUGCCUAUGGUUACAGCUACGACCAGGAUAACUACUCCUCCUACACUAGCUACGCCAAGAGGUCUCUCAACGUCCUGUCUCCGGUGCUGGAGGCUUUGGCUCAGGCCUAUACGAAAUAUGAGUAAAGGCCUAAGCUGUGUGUAAGGCCUACUUCUUAAGAUCUCUCCAUUAACCCUUUUUACCUCUCAUCAUCCCUUCCCUUCAUCCAUUACGUCCUUUCGUUUGUUUUCUUAUUUCAUUCUUGUAUCACCUUUCGUCUCUUUAAGGAACCAUUGAGACUUUUUUUUUUAUCUUAUCUCUAUUCUCUUCCUUUAAUCUCUGUCAUAUUUCCUAUCUUUCUUCUCACUCCGUCCUUUCUUUUCUCUUUUCAUAUUUUAUUCCUUUGUUCUCUUUCACCUAUUCAAGCACUCUUAAAAUUUCCUUCUUAUCUCUAGUUGUCCCUUUCUUCUUCUUUGUCAUAUUUCCUUCAUUCUCUUUUCAUAUCAGUUCUUUAUUUGUCUAUCAUAUCUUGCUCUCUAAUCUUUCUUCCCUUCCUCUCUUGCUCUCUGUCAUAUUUUCUUUCUUAAUUCUCACUUUCGUAUCAGUUCUUUUCAUAUCUUAAUCAUACCUUACUCCUUUCCUUCCUAUCAUCUUUCCCCUUUCUGCCAAAUCGACUCACGAAACGACACGAGACUAGACACGAAUACGAGACUCUAUUCGACUGAUUUAACUAACUGACUGACUAAAGACUAAAGGUGAGAUAAAUGAGUUAGUGAUAUGAGAAGCGAAGGAUAUGAAGUAGUCAGAGGAAGAGGAAGACGAAGAAAAGUUUGAGAAUGUGAUGUGAGAAAAUAUGAAGAAAUUACACAAGAAGAAAAGUUUUAGUGACGUACAAAAUAACUCUGCUUCAUUCAUUCCUUCGUUUUCUUUGACUCUCACCGCCAUCUAUUGGAGAAAUUCACAAAGACUAUUACGACGACAGACUCAACUAAUAUUGGACGCCUCAUCAAAAUGCUCUCCUAUGACUGGUUCCUGUGCCACGCCUGACGACCAAUGGCAGAAGAGGACGGUGAUGAUACUGAACUAACUGACCUACAUCACAAAAAGCCUCGUCUGCUGCUGUUUGUUUGCUCAUUUGUGUUCUUUUCUGUAUGUAUAUUGAUGAAUUUAUUGUGAUUUAUGCUGUUGUUGUUAUUUAUUUAUUUAUUUUUUCUUUUUUUUGUGGAUCAUUUUAGUUAUGAAAGAGUCACUUGUUAAUAUCUAUUUAUACAUUAGUAGUGACUAGUCUCUUUAUACUUGUCUCGGUGAGAAUAAAGUGAUAUCA